AUCAGCUGUGUGAUGAAAACAAAAGGCGAUGGCUUGCGAAGUAAAACACUGCGGAGAAAUCCGUGAUUUUAAGAAAGUCCAAGAAUACUUUGGACUCGGACAUGAUGACAACUGGUUAAACGCGAUAAACCAUGCCAUUUCACCAACUGGGGAACUGAUUGCCAUGGCGCAGGGUGAAAAGUUGGCAUUCCUCAGCACCUGCUGGAGCAGCCAUGGCAAUGGCAACACCUACGUUCUUGGCUGGUGCGGCGAGCUGGAGGAUCCCAACCAAAUCGUGACUAGCCUCACCUGCUUGCCGAUGACUCAGAACAAAAGCACCGAUGGAGCCAUCGAAUGGACCUGCGUGGCAGUUGGCCUGUGCUCUGGCAUGGUUACCUUCUACACGGACUCGGGUGUAAAACUCUUCUCGCAAUGUUGCCAAGAGGAUCCAGUAAUUGGAGUCAAGCUGCAGUCCGCUCCGCGACAUUCUGAGGCAGAUUCACUGCUCUACAUCAUCUAUCCUCGCUGCCUGUGCUUCAUCCAGGGCCAGGACAUUUUGCCCACGCUGAACAAUUGCCGGCACAAUGUGCAAAGAGGUGCAUUGGAGCGUAGUUCGUAUCCCACUGCUGAUGUGGUGCCAUUCCAGAAGUAUAAGUUCAAGCAAGAACGAGAGGCCGUCAUUAAUGAUGCUGCCAUCUCUACCACCCAGCGACCUCCCACAUACGACUACAUUGUUCAGCAGACCAUCGGUCUCGGUUAUUUCGCCAAGGUGCACGCCACGCCGCCGAGGAGCUCACAGGUUCUGGCCGCCGGAGCAGAACCCUAUUUGGGCUUCUUUCAGGCGGAGGAGGGUUAUAAAACGAUGUCGCUGGGUGAGGUUGCCAAAGACGUAAUCGGAAUAGCUUACAAGAACCUGCUGGGCGGAAUCUUUCGACGCGCUCCAGAGCCCCUGCCAUCGCCCGAGGAAUCACCACUGCCGGUGCCCACGAAAGAAGCACCGAUGCGGAUUCGCUGUCGUCUAUAUGACGGCAAGAGAGAUGGACUGACCUUGUCUGUGGCACCUGGUGGACGCCUGGCUGUCGUUACCGAUAAUCUCGACCGUGUAAUGUUGGUGGAUACGCACCAGGCUAUUAUCUUGCGUGUUUGGAAGGGCUAUCGAGAUGCACAGUGCGCAUUCGUGCCAGUUAAAGAAAAAUCCGUUCGCGGUAUCAAAACGCACAAGCGAAAGGCUUUGUUCCUGGUGAUCUACGCUCCUCGAAUGGGCUGCCUGGACAUAUGGGCUUUGCAAAACGGACCCAAGGUGGCUGCAUUCAAUGUUUCGAAGAGCGGGCAACUUAUGUACAACAAUCAUAGUCCCCUAGGCUCAGGCGGCAGCAGUGGAUCUGGUAAUAGCAGUAGUCAGUCAAGAAAAUCUUUAGCCAUCAAUCAUUGCUUGUUCCUGGACCCCAGCGAUGGCAGCCUGAAGGAGAUACACAUUCCUUUUCACUACGCGCUCAGCGAGACCAGCUCCCAGACAUCACGGGAUAUCCAUAUGCUGAGGCGCCUCAGAAACCAGCUCAGAACCAUAAACCAUGGCCAAGCCAAAGAUGAAGCGCUGCAGGAGAUUGGCGAACUGGCAAGUGAACUGCAGACGUUAGAGGUGCGACAACAGUGUCUGGAGAUGUUGCUUAAGAGCAAGAAGCUGCAGCCACAGGUGUUUCAAUCCAUCAUUAAUGCCUUCAUAAAGAAACCUCUUUCUGAAUCAACGGGCUCCGAGGAGUUUGUCAACCAAAUCGAGAACUAUAAACGCUUGACUGAUCUCUACUUGGCCCUAAGUCAAGCCAAUCAGCGUGAAGACAACGAGCCACCCGUAGAAUACUUGGAGCUUUCCGAUGCUGAUCUUGUCACCAUUAACAAGUUGGUUCUGCUCCUGGACGAUGGCACCGAGAAGGAUAAACCCGCCGCCACUCGUGAAGUGAGCUUCAAGUUGCAGGCGGAGCACAAGACCGAAGAAUUUGUCGAUUACCUGAGCAUCUUUAACAUCGAUAGUCCGGAUGGGAUAAGUCUACUUCCGGAGAAGUCAGAUAAGUUUGGCGCCGUAAGCAUCGAUCUCUUUAGUCAGUUCUUUGCCCAAGGUCUAUGCUUUGGCCAAUUCAAGCAGUGGAUCAAUCAGGCGUGUUUGCCCAGCAGAGAUUUGCUUAAAUUGAUUAUUUGGUUUUGGCUUGAGAAGCCCUUUAAGUACAACAACUGUGAUGAAGUAGUGGAGGACAUGUCCAGAAUUGCUGCUAUGGUGCAGACCAUUUGUGAUCUGGCUGGUGAACACAUCCAUGACUAUGCCUACAAUGCCAUUUCACCGUGGUGGCAGGAAGUUCGGGAACUUCUCUUGGAGAGUAAACAAUUUUCGGGCUUGCUGGUGGCCAUUGUAUGCAAAACGGUAGCGACUAAUUUGUGGCGAAACAGAAAAGAGGGAUCUUGUGAUGAAUCCUCGCAGAACGAAGAUGAUGAGCGCUGGGAGCGUAUCUCCCACGAUGAGGCUCAGUGGGGAUUGCUCACUGGCAAGCUAGAGGAUGUGGCCGUGCUAGGAGCCAUACUAAGUAAGCCUCUCAUCUGCCGGGAUCCUGUUGGUCCAGAGAUGUCCUACGAGCCACCGGACUGCAGUCUCAAAAGCAUUGUGAGCAGUGGCAAAGGCAUCGUCACCGAACUGACAGCCAAGUGGCUGAUCAGUGCACAAUUGCAUCCGAGUAAAGUUUUGGAGAUAUCGCCUCCCGAAAACGAGUUAGACGACGAGAGCAAAGUUAAGAUAAAGGAUGAGCCUACCAAGGAGUCAGUCGAUGAAGACGCGGAAUCAGAAGAGGAUUUGGAAAUGGCAAAGGAAGUGUACGCGGCGAGUAAAGAAGCCCAUGAACCUAUUCUUGAAAGAUUGGCUCUGCUGCGUGCGCAUUUUCCCUUCAGCUUGGAAUCGGGCGUCCUCUUAAGUCUCAUGUCGUGGCAGUACAUGGUCCAGUGGAGCAAGCAGCUCUCAUCGCUGGACCACCUAAAGGCAGCAUUACUUUGUUUAAACCAAUUCCGUACACCUGACUGGGCCCUGAAGCAUGGAAUAUGUUGCAUGCUGUGGAAUGCCACCCUGAAGUUUCCUCUACAGGCGGCGGCGAAGCUUAUUCAAAAAGUGGGACGCCUGCCAGUGGACAAGAUGUGCCAGCAAGAUCUCGAGAUGUCUGCGGGUAAAGUGCCAGAGUUUCUAGAACUCAGCCUCGAAUUCCUGCAGCAUUUCACCGCUUCCAUGGAGCACGAUAAGCGUGAACUGCACUUCGAGCAGUCGCUCAGCGAAGGAGCCCUGCCAUUGCAGUUUCUGGCUCUCCAGCAGCACCAUGCCAUGCCGCAGCUGCUCCGUCUUCAAACAGAACUGUGCAGCGUGCUGCACUUCGUUUCCUUUUUCCAGCUGCGCAUUCCAAAACCACUGACCACGCUUUUUGACUCCAUGAGCAACAAAGCUCUGCUGGCGGACAUCAAUAAGGAACUGCCUUAUGUUUUGCCUGCACCAGAUCUUGUCCUGCAACAGCAGCGCACUGAGUUCCUGUGUCGCCUUGUCACCGCUACCAUGGAUCUGAUUAGAGAGGAUUUGGAGCAGCUGUACAUUCUCGAUCAUGUUUUCUACAUGGGCAAGAUCUGUGCCUUAGCCGACAGUUGGGAGGUCGAUAAACUUCCUAUCCUACGACGGCAGGUGGUGGAACUGUACGCUUUUGGGUAUGAUGCGGAGGCUCAAGUGUUGCUCCAGGACAUCAGCGAUGACGAGGAGCUGGGCCGACUGCUGCUGGAGAUCGCUGGCCGUAGACUUAAUCUUUACGCACAGAGCUCGCAGUCCACGUUCCUGAAGAUUGCCUCUGUUGGCCACCAGUUGCUGGCCUACCUAGACAACCUGAAGGAACCGAUGACGGAGAACAACAUUCAGAUCGCGGCCACCAAGCCCGACGAGAUCGAUGUGGCUGCCCUGGACAGGCUGUUGUCGCAUGCCUACAAAUACCUUUGCCGGCGCGAGUCCAAGCAGCUGCCCAUCAUUGGCCAGAUGUACAACGCCGUGCGUAUCCUGCAGAAUUAGGAGUGAGGAUGACACAUAAACACUUGGUUAUUUUACAUUUCUCUCAUGAUUUUUAUGGAUUCAAGAAUGAACCCAAUAUUGAUUGUUAAAGCACCACAUGCGGUCCCAUUAAUUGUCUUAUACUUAUCAACCUAGUAGCGAUUUAAACAACCUACGAAAAGCAUCAUAUUAAUUACUUUCAAGAAAAAGGAUACUAAGAUCUGCACCGAUAGGAGGAUGUAUUCAACACGAAUUUGAUGUGAAGCUUAUGCCUACAAGGAUUAUGAACAUGUAUAUUUAAUAAAAU